AUGACGAAGACUGAAGCAGCUAAAAGUUUUAAUGAUUACAAGGCUGAGUUGUUCAAAGAAGCAGAACGAAUCGUUAUGGAGGAGUUCCCGAGAAAAGUCAUUGAGUACGACGCUCUGCUCAAAACGCGUCGAUUUUCCUACGAAAGACUGCCAGAGAUGAUGCCCAGUUCAGACCUAAAUAUUCCCGUCCCUUCUGUUGUAGCCUUGAAUGAUGUUGAUGGAGAUGUUCCUGCUACGAAAAAGCGAAAGUUAGAAGAUAGUGUUUCGACGCAGAAUGGAAUGCCCAUCUACGGAUUCAUUAACGGAACAGUACCAUGUAACGCCCAGCUUGCUGAUCUUAUGGACCAGGUUAGACCACUACUAAGGGACGCAGUGGAACAUGUUAACAAGGUUAAAAUGUGGAUAACAUUGCUCAUCCCGCGCAUUGAGGAUGGGAACAACUUCGGUGUAUCUAUUCAAGAGGAAACUCUUGGAGAGGUGCGAAACGUUGAAAGCGAAGCAGCAUCCUUCUUGGAUCAAAUGAGUAGAUACUUCACCAGCCGAGCAAAGUUACUCACAAAGGUAGCAAAAUAUCCGCACGUGGAUGACUAUAGAAGAGCCAUUCUUGACAUGGAUGAAAAGCAGUUCAUUAACAUCAGGCUGGUAGUUCUUGAGAUGAGAAAUCACUUUUCCACACUUUACGACCUCAUCACAAAAAAUAUCGAGAAGAUCAAGAAACCUCGAAAUAGUAAUAUGGAGAUGUUUGCCGAUCUCAUGAAGGAUAUAAAUGAUUUCGUCUUCAAGAAUAUUCAGUGUUCGGCCGUUUGCCUUGCAAAGAUUGAAAAAACUACUAUGCGUGAGCUGCGACGAUAUCUCUUGAGUGGGCUUUCCGAGGAUCUGGAAUCACAACCUUUAAACCAUAAUGUGAGGUGUACCUUGAUUGGAAUUGGCAAUUUUUUACUCUACUCACAUGGAAAGUUUGCCGACGAGCUCGUUCCUCUUCUCAUCAAUGCUCUAAGUAUUUUGCAGCAGAUUAAAUGGGUCGACGAUGGGCUUGUCAAUAAAUACGACAGGAUUCCUAUACAAGAACAGUUCGCAUUUUCUUUUAAUACUGUGCUAUCGGAUCUUGCCGCUCACUUGCCUGAGCAUCGCGAUGCAAUUGUCAAUGCACAGAUAGACGCAUUGGCAUGUGCUGUUGCGUCGAUAUUUGAGAUUCUGGAAGACCAUGAAAAUGCUAGCCAAUCAAAACUUCAUCUUCUUAAACUCUCUUGCUAUGUAUUGGGACUAUUACGAUCGCUUGGACGAUAUUCACCUCGUGCCGAUAAACCAUUGAUCUCUUAUGUGUUUCCUGUAGAUUUUGAUGUCUCAACAGAAGCCGAAGACAAAACUGGAGUCACUGGAAAUGACAUCCCACGAAUCAGUUCUGAUGAUGCGUGGGCAUGGCUGGAUGGCAGCUCAACAGUUUCUGUAGAGAAAGAACGGACGACUGUACAGCGGCUUGUGAAACUUUACAACAAGUAUGGAGCCAGUUUCGUCUGUACAAAUGCGGAUAAAGCGAAAUUUGCAAUGAAUGCGAAAGAGUUGGAGUCGCUUUUUGAUACCGUACAACAGUUAUUAAACAAGGAUAUUCUAAUGCAACUAGAUAAUCAUGCCACUGACGUCUAUACGGCGUCUUCCAUCAAACGUUUCCCAUAUAAGACCAUCAGCGAGACGAUAAUUUUGGCAUGUCUUUCACUUUUACGGGAAGUAUUACGACCAUUUUCGGUAUUAAGCAGGGAUUCAUCUGUGAAAGAAAGUUUUGCAAAAGAGUUAAAUGCAUUUGUCGUCGAACUUCUGCAUUCGUUGGAAUCACAACGUUUGUCAUUCCUCGGAGAGAGGCGAAUAACCCCAGCUGGUGGUCCUCGACGCCUGGCUGAUCAAGAACUGCCGAGACAGAGCAUGACCAUCCUUGCGAUGACCUGCGCACUGGAACUUAUCGUUUGGGCUGCCAUCGAUGACAUAGAUUCGGACGCGGUUUGUUCAACGAUGUCGUCUCGUCUUUUUACUAUGAACACAAACCGUGUACAGCUUUCUCAACUGCCGCUAGCUCUUAGAGCCCUCUCAUCACUUGGAGGUUUGGCCGAGAAAUUUCCAUCAGUAGCCACCGCAACAGUGGUGCCUAUUCUGUCUCGUUUUCUUCUUGAACCCGCUCCCAUCCUAACGAAACUGUCUUCUGAAACAUCAUAUGAAAAGCGUAACGAGGAACGUCGUCAAGAGGAUGCAUCGAAAAGGAGAUCAGCUCUAGAUUCUUUGAGAAGUGCUGCCAUUGAUGCUUUGUGCAGAGCAUUGAAAUCAUCCCUUAGCGUGGAUGCUGACAGCGUCCAGGCCUGUCUUGCAAGUUUAUCCUCGAAACUCUUUGUUUGCUCGAGCGUCAGCAAUUUCGUAGUGGCGCUGGUUUGUGAGAACGCGAUUAUGACGCUAGGAGGAAUUGGUGUGGCGUUGGUAGGAUCGAAAGAUGUUCCAGAUAUGAUCCUUCAAAUUUAUCUGCAGAGGUUUGCAAACCCACCAUCACCCCUUGAUAUUGUUAUGGUUCGUUGCCUUGCAAACAUGUGGAUAGCUGGAGCGCGCUCUAUACAUGAUGGAGUGAUGAAGCUGUUUACACAGAUUUCGAUUGAGUCGAGUAACCGUGUUUAUUCGCAAGAGCCUGUGGCAGCUACGGAGCACAGAUAUGCCCACGUUUCUCUAGCGGUUGAUCAAGCACUGGGCCGAAUAGCCGAUGGUAUAGCCGAAGGUGACGAUCAACUCUCCUUGCUUGUUCGAUUGUUGGAGUUGUUCGUCCAAUUGGGUAUUGAGGGUAGACGCGUAGGAGAAAAAGUUUCGAAAAGCACUGUUAAAAUGUCAACGAGUGCAGGGAAUCUCGGAGUUCUUAUGCCUAAAAUUGCCACACUUUUGAAGCGGAUGCAACCGAUUUCGCAACCAUCAACAAGGCUUAGAAAUUUGUUCAGAGAUUUCUGGUUCUACUGUACUGUACUGGGUUUUGACGUCGAGUACUCAGGAUUGUGGCCAGAAGACUGGUACAAUGCAGUUUGUAUCAUUGCUACAAAGUCUCCGGUAUUAAUUGCUCAAGAAAAUUUGCGAUCCGAAUUGAUAGACAAUGCAGCGAUCAGAAGCGAUGCGAUAUCGCCGAACGAGCUCCAGGAAUUCCGUAACACAGUAUGUGGUGUGCUUAACCACUCAGCUGAAGUUGUACCGAUUGUAAAUCGAAUGGAUUUUGCCCAGUGCACUUAUCUUUUGUCCGUGUUACGUAUGGAGAAGAUGAGAGUGAUUCAUGCAGAACACAAAGAAGCAGUUCAUGAAUUUUUUAAAUAUCUGGAAGAUAAGACGAUCAGAAAAGAUAAGGGUGGGAUGUGGAGCUGUCUGUUAGCUGGAGCAACUAUGGUUUUUGAAGCGUACCUGGAAGCUCAUAAGAAGAAUAGAACGAACGACUUCUCGGAGCCGGCUUUGGAAUAUCAUGCCCAGUUCCUUCUGGUUCAAUUCAAUCAUAAUCUCAAGGAGGUCCGACGGUGUGCGGACGCUUGUCUGUCUUGUUUAGUCGACAAGUUCCCAUAUCUUUUGUGGAACGGUCGUGUGUUAACGACGGCAUUGCGCCUUCUGCAGGCACUACAAUUGAAUCUCGUCCAAGAUCCCACCUGCAGUGAAUCCACCUUCACCAUGAAAGGGUUACCAUGGAGCAUUCAGUUACAGGAUACAUUCGAGGGACGUAGUUCCGUAGUGAAAGACUUCUCGCAACGAUGUGAACAAAUUCUCCAGGAGGCUAUGAAAUGGGCACCAGCAAUAACUCACAGUCAUCUGUUGGAAUAUGCCUCAUCCUACGGUGGCUCAUCAGACAGCUCCCUGCGUCUUGCAAUGGAUGCGGUGAUUAAUGCUGGCUCAGACAACACUAGCAUGUAUCUUUCGUCCUUGCAUAUGAGGAGCAUGUAUUUGGGACAGGUGAAAGGAAUGCUGGCACUUUGUGCCGCAGAUGACGACGAAACGCCAGAGUGCACACUUAUAAGGCGACUGGAAGUAGAUUUCGAGGCAGCGAUUAAAUGUGGAUGCGAUGAAAAGCUGAAGAACGCAAUAAUGCUUCUCACUGCACUGUUCGUGACUCUAAAAAAUGUGAACGAGCAUAUACUCUCAAUUCUGGUUCGAUGUCCGCUUAGAAAUUUCACCGAAACCACUAUGGAAUUAUGUAUUCUUAGUUGGAAUUGGCUGUUGGCCGCGAGAACGAAUAUACAGAACAUUUUUCUUCGCGAAAUGUGCUGUGCAUGGGCUGAAUCCGCUCGUCAGGGGCAAGGCUUGUACGAACGAACGCCAGCAUCACCAUCGCCGCUAUGCGCGCAACUGAAAGCGCCACCGAAGCCGCCCCAUUAUCAGCCGCAUGCGCUUUGGGUUAAGUUCAUUGCCGAACGAGUCGAUGUUGCAAAGUACAGUAGUCGUGAACAGCUCGACGUUUUGGAGACGAUGUUCGCACAAACGCUAGGUCUGGCCGUUGGCAACGCCCCGGUGACGGUCCCCGUUUCUCCACCUUUAUCUGUCCCCGUGUGCGAACAAUCAAUUUUUCUGUCACGAAACAUUGAAGCCGUGGGAGUAAGAUUCCAGUUACUGUCGUGUGCGUUGAAUAUGUUACAAGGAGAGGCGACCACCGCCCGACCGUCAAACAAUGUGAUUCGUCAACGAGUGUAUGCCUCAGCUCUUGACUAUUUCACUCACUUGCCACAAGGACCGACUCAAGGACUCGCUCAACUGAAAACUGAUGUGAAGUUGUUGAUCUCAUUCUGGCAGGUGCUCUAUGCUGACGGGAAGUACAUUAAGAAAGAGAUUUUCCUAUCGAAAGAAAAUGAUGUUCCUUUUAUGUCAAAUCUCACUCAAUUGGAACCCUACGUAGAGCAGUUAGCGCAAAGAUCAGCCACACAGACCUGGCAUGCGUCUGCAUCAUCAAGUUCACAUUACGUGAAUACACUUACGUUGUCAAAGAACGCAGUGACCACUUCGGCACGUGGUAGUGUCAGUCGCAAACUGCCUCAAGAUGGUAAAGGAUCAUUGGACUUCGAAAAACAAGUGAAAAUGUUCUUGAAAUGGAGGAAUCUCAUCCUUUUGUUAGUGGGUAAUGAAAUCGAACGACUUUGUGUUUGGAUAAAUCCCCUUGGUGAUUCUACUGAAGAAAGUGCUGCACCGGUAGAGCAGUGGAUGAAAAGUACUUUGCCUGAACCCCGAAUGGAAGCAAGAGUGUUGAAGGAAAAUUCUAAAUUGGCAUGGGAGAUUUCACCUGAGCUAGCGGUUCACUUUCCAACGAGGUUCCGUACAUGUCCAGCUCUCCGUGACACACUACAAGAGAUGGUACGUUGUCAACCAGAAUCUGUUUCACAUAUUCCCGAAGCGCUUUCGUUGUUCCUCGGCGAUCCGUCAACAUUUGAACAUAGCGACAUUGCCCAUGUCCUGACAUGGGCGACUUGUUCGCCUGUCAUGGCCCUCUCAUUGCUCACUCCCCGACAGUACCCACUUCAUCCUGUUACUGUGCAAUAUGCGGUGCGAGUGCUACGGUCGUAUCCAGCGGAUGCUUUACUGAUAUAUAUUCCACAACUUGUACAAGCUGUUAGACAUGAUAACAUUGGAUACGUUGCUGAGUUGAUUGUAUGGCUUGCCGGUCAUUCGCAACUUCUUGCCCAUCAACUGAUCUGGAACAUGGAGACCAAUAUGUACACGGAUGAGGAUAGCAAAAAUAAAGAUCCGGUCCUUUAUGAAGCCUUAAACGAGAUUAUUAAGAAGACGAUUAGUCAGCUGGAAGGAGCAGCCAGACGUUUCCACGAAGCGGAAUUCUCGUUGUUUCAUCAACUGACUGCAAUUUCUGGUACAAUCAAGCCAUAUCCUAAGGGUGAUGCACGGAAAAAAGCUUGCUUGAAAGCAUUAGCUGAGGUAAAACUGGAAACGAUCACUUAUCUCCCUUCGAAUCCCGAAGCGUAUCUUCUGGACAUAGACUAUUCGAGCGGAACACCUAUGCAAAGUGCAGCAAAAGCCCCAUUUCUAGCAAGAUUCAAGGUUAGACGUUGUGGAGUUCAGGAACUGGAAAGGAUAGGUUUACUGGCUCAAUCCCAUGAAAAAGGCAAACCUCCACCACCUGGAGGAGAUCUGAACGAGUUGAGAAAAGUCACGGAUAGUAAUACUUGCUGGCAGGCGGCUAUAUUCAAGGUUGGUGAUGAUGUGCGUCAGGAUAUGUUAGCUUUGCAGCUGAUGCAAUUGAUGAAAAAUGUUUGGGCUGGUCUUGGACUGCCUGUUUGUGUUUUUCCCUACAGGGUGGUAGCGACGUCUCCUGGAUGUGGUGUGAUCGAAUGUGUGCCGAACUCGAAGAGUCGCGACCAGCUGGGGAGGCAGACCGAUUUUGGGCUGUACGAGUACUUCAAAACCACCUAUGGGGAUGAGAGCAGCGAAUCUUUCCAGGAAGCGCGAAGGAAUUUUGUUCGUAGCAUGGCCGGCUAUUCAGUGUUCAGUUUCCUGCUGCAAAUUAAGGACAGGCACAAUGGAAAUAUUAUGAUUGACCUGGACGGGAAUAUCAUUCACAUCGACUUCGGUUUCAUGUUUGAGAGCAGCCCUGGAGGUAAUCUUGGAUUUGAACCGGAUUUCAAACUCAGCGAAGAAAUGGUGGCAAUUAUGGGCGGAAAAAUGGAAGCUGCUCCAUUUCGGCAGUUUGCCACCCUGUGUGUGCAGGCCUACCUGGCUGUGCGUCCUUAUCACAAGGCUUUUGUUUCGCUGGUAUCCUUAAUGCUGGACACGGGCCUUCCAUGUUUUCGUGGCAAGACCAUCCAACAAUUGAGAGCGCGAUUCGCUCCGGAAAUGAACGAAAAGGAUGCGGCAAGGUACAUGCAUUCCGUGAUCACUAAUUGUUUCCUGAAUAUCAGGAGCAAGAUGUAUGAUCAGUUGCAGUAUCUUCAGAAUGAAAUCCCUUAUUAG